AUGUCGUUCAAGGUCAUGGUCGCUCUCCGUGCAAGAAGGAUGGAGAAGUGGAUCCGCGUCGUGAAGAUGGACUACCUCGACAAUGCACCAAUCAAAGAGUUCUUCCAGGACGGGAACAUUAGAUUCUGCGGCGCGACUAUCAGCAAGGAUAUGGAGAUGCUGAGUCCGUACGGUAUUCAUAUUACUUCUACGUAUGACCUCCAGAAGAAACUCCCAAAUCGCACAAAUAAUCACAUUCUGAGUCUAUAUGAUCUGGUGAAUUCUAUCAUUGGGACAAAUCUUGAGAAGAAGAAGAGGAAGAAGUACAAGAAGAAGGACGCCGCUCAGGAAAAAGAAGAUGAACUCAUAUUUGGGUGGGCCAUUGUUCCAUUAAGCUACGAGCAAGUGCGCUAUGCCGCGCUGGACGCUCGUCUGGGCUUCGAGAUGGCUAGGAGGCAUUGGAUGCUAGUUGGCUGCAAUAGUCAUAUUGAUCGUCUCAAUAUUUAG